AUGCCCUCCCCCUCCUCCUCCCGCCCACUCCCCAUAAUCGUCAUCACCGGCACCCCCGGCACCGGCAAAUCCACCCACGCCGAGCUGCUCGCGUCCGAGUCUCCCAUCCCACUACGCCACAUUAACGUCGGUCGGCUGGUUAAAGAACGGGGGUUGUAUGAGAGCUAUGAUGAGGAGUGGGAGAGUUAUGAGGUUGAUGAGGAUAAGCUACUAGACGAGAUCGAACCCCUAACGGAGGAGGGAGGAUUGAUUCUGGAUUGGCAUACAUGCGAGGCGUUCCCGGAGCGCUGGGUCGAUCUGGUGGUCGUGCUCCGGUGUGACCAUACACAAUUAUGGGAACGACUUGAAAAACGGUCCUACCCCCUAAAAAAGAUCCAAGAAAACAACGAAGCAGAAAUAAUGCAAACCGUCCUCGAAGAAGCGCGCUCAUCCUACGCCGCAGAAAUCGUCGUAGAGCUCAAGAGCGAGGGCACGGAGGAUCUGGAGAGUAAUGUGGCGCGGAUUGUGGCAUGGAUAGAGGCGUGGAGGAGGGAUAGGGGGGUUGAGGGGUCUGAGUCGUGAUAAUAAGCAGUUGCGGGUACGAGUUUUGUGUAUCCUUAGGCCUUACGGCAGGGUUGAGAAGAUUAUGCAU